AAAGUUCAAAGUUACAUUUCCGCCAUCUCUUUCUGUGUUUGGAAUCUCGAAUAUAUUUGGAACCUCCAAAUUUAUCAAUCAAUUCUAACCACGUACGACUCGAUAAAAAAAAAAUCAUAAACUCGCCCUGCCAAACACAAAUCAUACCAAGACCAAUAGUCAUCACCGAGAUCCAAUCUGCCAGCGCGAACGAACAACAUCCAUCAUGCGCUUCUCCCAAGCUAUAGUCCUUCUGGCAUAUGCUCCGUUCGCAAUUGCAUAUCCAACAUUCUCAGCACCCGCAGCCGCAGCGGUAGAAACAGCUGCAACUCCAUUUACUGUUACGUGGGCAGAUAACGGAGAUGCUCCAGCGAUAGCUGAUGUUACCACCUAUCAACUAGAUGUCUGCGCAGGAUCUAAUAGCGGUGCGGAUCUCAAAGUGAUAUACGCCGUAACUGCUUCCGCAACAUUGGGGUCAACUCUUUCAACCAGUGUCACUGUACCAGCGGCCAGCGGGUCAUCGGUGACCAAUGCCUACUUUAUGAGAAUGAUAGCAACCACAGCGUCAGGGACUGUUACAGUAUAUUCGAAAAGAUUCUCAAUUAGUGGUAUGACAGGGAGUUUUGGAGCCACGUACACAAUUACUGGCACCGAUGGACCGGCAACUGUUAAUAAUGUGGCAGACACGGCAGUCGCAUCAUCAUCAGGAACUGCGAACGAGGGCGUUUAUGGAAUCCCAUACCAAUCACAAACUGGUCUUACAAGAUAUGCUCCAAUGGGUCGGAUGCCUGGUACCGCAAUAACGGCCACGAACACAGAACCUCAAUAUCCAACAUCGUCUGUUUCUCUAGCCACCGCGCAUCUAGACCCAGCAACCAUUUAUACAACGUUGACUCAAGCUCAAACAGCUUCCUUUGCAAGUCAUGCUAAUACGCUUGCGGCUGCAUCAAUGCCUACAGAUGACAUGGCAAAAUUCUUGGCUAGAUGGAAGGAUUAAAUCAUUGGAAAGGCGAUGAAUGAUGUAUAAAUAUGGCAUCAAAUGAACAUGUGAAAAGGAGUUUGGCGUACACUCGAAUUGGUAUUCGAGGUUUUAGUUUAAAUGAAUGCCGUGUAUACCCAACGAAUGAAGAAUUUACCCAGUCAAGCCAUCACUUGGUACUGUGCGCCAGGGUCGUUAAGCACUGUCUGCAAGAGAUCUGCAUAUUGGUAUAAUCUCAGGGGAUAGCGGAGAGGUGAUUCCGAUAUUAAUCCCAGCGCGGAGGGUCUAAUAGGAACGUCUAGAUGCGAUGCGGGGAAAUGCUUGCCAAUGUUUACAUAGUCGGAUACAACAUCCAUAGAAUGCUAUGUCCCAAAUGCAACAAGCCCAAUACGAGCCAAUUUCAGGAAGAGGUAAACUAAAUUAAGAAGAGUAUCUGGGGAUCUAGGUAUCUGCUAUCUAGGUAUCUAGCUCAUAAAUUAACAAGUCAAUCUAAUAAGCCUCCUUGCUACGAUUACCUGACGGGUGCGCUUAAGCCAUCAUUCUGAAUAUCGUACUUUACUCUAUUUGUCAUUCUGUAACUGAAUAAUGUCCCAAUGUCAAAUUCUGAGAGUCUCGUGGUCUUUCCAUUCAUCCAGAUUUAGUAAGGGUGAUUAGGGAUUCGUAUCGAGCCAUUAUCGUGGCUCUAGCCUCAUAAACCCCUUAUGAAAUAAUAUGCUCGGUACGAGUAGAUAUCUGA